AGUAACAUAAUAGUAAUAUUUAUUGAUUGGUUUAUUUGUUUGUUUGCUGGCUUUUCCCCUACUUGCAGCGUCCGUGGUGGAGGUCUCCGUCGUGACUACAAAUCCCAGUGGCAAGAAAACUACAUUCUGUCGUCACUUCCGGAAGCGGAUCACGUAGAAUUCCGGAAGAAAAUGUAUACAAUGGCAAUCUAGAAAUCAAUUAACUUGUGAAAAAAAGACCAUUAAUUGCCUUUCUUCGUGGCUGACGUGAUAUGGCAUGGCGGACAGCUCAUAUUAACGUCCUCUGACAUAACGCCAUUUUACUCGCACGCGAAGAGUUAUUUGAUGGCUAAAGCAGAAGCAGAAGGAAGAAUGAGCUGAUUGUAGCUGGCUUGUGGUAGAAGCUACUAAUCAAGAAAGGCUGGCUGGAAGAUGCCAAGAAGAAAACAACAGAAUCCACAACCUGUAAAGUUGGAUUCUGAAGAUGGCGUAAGCAUUAAUCCUGCAACAACCCUUACAUUUGAGAGUGACUUUCUUCUGGGCCAAGACCUUGACUUCUCAGAUGCUGAUAACGGCAAAAUCUUAGGUCUGGAGAAGUUUUCAGCUAAUAUCAGUCUGCCUAGUUUCCAACUGGGUGACGAAGAGAGCUCCUCCUUCAGCCACCUCAGCAUGGAGAGUGACACCCACGACCUACGCACUGCUGAGAACGAGCGAGAGGGCGCGAGAUCCGAGCCUGCGUUCCCUCUCUACGUCUCCUGCAGGGGCUGCGAUCAGCUCCUUGAUGAAGAUGAGCACUCAUGCCAGCGCUGCUCUAAACGGGAUGGAUCCAGCAUAGGGGACAGGAGUGUCCACAUAGGAGCACAGCCUGUGCUCAAAGGGGCAGAUGGAGAGCGAGAGGGCGCGAGAUCCGAGCCUGCGUUCCCUCUCUAUGUCUCCUGCAGGGGCUGCGAUCAGCUCCUUGAUGAGGAUGAGCACUCAUGCCAGCGCUGCUCUAAACGGGAUGGAUCCAGCAUAGGGGACAGGAGUGUCCACAUAGGAGCACAGCCUGUGCUUAAAGGGGCAGAUGGAGAGGGAGCGGGACCUGAGAACGGCCAGCAGAAGCUGAACUCUUGUCCGCUGUGUGGCUUUUCCUCGCGUUACACCAACCAUGUAAAGAGGCACAUGAAGACGCACAACGGCGAGAAGCCAUACCGCUGCUCUCUGUGCUCCUACGCCUCCGCACAGCUGGUCAACCUGCAGCGCCAUUUACGUAUCCACACAGGAGAAAAACCCUACCAGUGUGAGUACUGCACCUUCGCCUGCAGUUCCCUGGGCAACCUGAAGAGGCACCAGCGCAUGCACACUGUUGCAAAUCCUGCUCAGAACAUACAACAGCGAAUGCACACUGCCAUAAAUCCAGGCCAAAAUACACAUCAGAAUAUGCACGCAGUCGCAAAUCCUGCACAGAAUGCACAGCGGAUGAUGAGCGGCCUCAGCCUUUUAGGUCCUGUUGGAUGCCAGAGUCUAAAAGAGGAUGCUCCCCGUGCCUCGAGGGAAGUGCUUCAGUCCUCGGAAAUGAUGAAAGGGAAUUUGAGCAUUGGCAGAGACAGCGGAUAUCUCAAGGCUUUUGCAAGGCUGAAGUCAGAGCAGCAGUCGUGCACCCGGGCACAGCCUGGCGUUCUGCCUCCUCUGCUCUUCCCUUUCACGUGCAGGCUAUGUGGCCUGGUCCUGGAUGGCGAGGAUGGGUCGUCAGCGCAGAUCUGCGCCAAGUGCACCUUGGAAAUGCUGACUAAAGAUGCAGCAGGUAGCGUCAGCGAGCGGGGACACCGAGGGGACCGGGUGUACACAUGUGCAGCUUGCCCGUUCCUCACACACUACCCCAACCACCUGGCCCGGCACAUGAAGACGCACAGCGGCGAGAAACCUUACAAGUGCCCACAGUGCCCAUACGCUUCGGCCCACUUCGACAACCUGAAGCGGCACCACCGUGUGCACACGGGCGAAAAGCCCUACAAGUGCCACCUGUGUGACUACGCCUGUGGAAAUUUGGCUAACCUAAAGCGGCACCAGCGGGUUCACUCGGGUGCCAAACCUUUCCAAUGCAGCGUCUGCAGCUACAGCUGCAACCAGAGCAUGAACCUGAAGAGGCACAUGCUGCGUCACACAGGCGAGAAGCCACACAAGUGCCAUGCGUGCACGUACACUACAGGCCACUGGGACAACUACAAGCGGCACCAGAAGAAACACGUAGCAGGAACAGAAGAGUGGGAUACAGUGCCGCUGCCCGCCAAUGAGGAAGAGGCAGAGAUUGACGAGGAGGAGGAGGAGAAAGAAGAGGAAGUAUAGCCUGGCAAUGGGAGGAACAAUUGUAGUACGAUAAGAUUAUAUAAAAUUGAGAUGAAAUGUUACAGUACCAGCAUAAGCUUAGUUCUUGUUUUUUUUUUUUUUGUUUUUUUGCCCCCUUUGUGUCAUUAUGUUUCCAGCUGCUAAAAAGACUUGUGCACAAACUGUUUUCAUUCCCUUUGCGUAGGGUUGGAUGGGUAAUUCAAGACUCUGGAUCAGAGUGCCCUUGCUUCAUCAGUGCCAUACAGACAUUUUAUAAUGCUACCUAGAUGAAAUCCAAUUUCUCCUUCAUCGUAAAUCUCGCACGGAUGUUCAUUGAUCUGCGGUGCCACAGAGCCAUGUGUCCUUACUGGCUGAACCUUCUGUGGUUUCUCUGAGGCCUUUGCUGCUCAAACGGAUAGUUUUAAACCUUCACUACAUCCCUUUACAGUGCCAAAACUGAAUCCUAACCACAGCAGCUUUUACAUCUUCAAAUGUCAUUUUAUUUAAUAGCGACAGUGUUGCUCCUUGGUUGUAUGUCUUAACUGUGGACUUCUGUCUGAUGUUAAAAUAGUGCAUAGUAAACAUUUAGAAUGUCCUGACUUAUGUAAAGCACUUAUUUUUGUAGGUGUUUUGUUCGUUAAAAAGAAUGUUUGGCAUGCGUUUGCCAUCAGUGGCAUUAACUAAAAGAAAAGGGACCAUGAAUUCUAUAUGCAGUUUAUAACCUUCAGGUUGCCAAAAAAUGAUUGAGAUGGAUUCCUUUCGAUGUGUGGUGCUUAAGUGCUCUCUUGUAAUUAUGCAGUCAUUUCAUAAUUGCCUUAAAUAUCCUGGAAUAAAGUACUCUGUGGUGAGACUUGUGUAUGAUGCAUGAUGAAAUAUAAUGGGGGCUGAACAGUGGCAUGAAAAAGCUAAACUGUCUGUUAUCAAAACUUACUGGCAACUCUUUUCUUUUUUUUUUUUGCAGUGGUGAAAUGGCUGCUCCAAACUCAGUCUGGUAAAGUUUGUGGUAGUUAGUAAACAAACUUCCUUGUGCUAUCAUUUUUAUGACAGUAUUGUAGUGUCAUAAAAGCCACUCUGCAUUAUGAAUCUACACUACAGACCAAAAGUACCUUCAUUUUCUACAGAUGCCUUUUGGAAAAAUGUGAACCUGUCCAGGGGUCAUAGACUUCUUAUUUAAUUCCAGCUCAUGGCAGAAUUAAAUUAUUCUUUCAGAUUUCGCAGAAAUCCAUCACCAAAUCUUUUCCCUGCUAACUCGUUCACGUCAACACAGGAAAUUAGCUGAAGCGGGUGUGUUAGAGGCAGGAAAACGUGCAGGACAUGGCAGGGGUUGGGGAAAUGUUAAGUAGAGCAACACACUCACUCCUUUUAAUCAUAGCAGUGUCAUUUGUGGUCACAUCACAAUCAAUCAGAUAUACUAUGAAUUAUAAGGGGCAGUGGUAGCCCAACAGUUAAGAUGUUGGAUUACUGAUGGGAAGGUCAUGAAGGAGUUCAAAUCCCGGGACCACUAAGCUGUCACUGUUGGGCCCUUGAGCAACGUCCUUAACCCUCAGCUGCUCUGAUGUAUAAAAGAUAAACGCAAGUC